UUGCCUAGUUACAAGGGACCAUGUCACGCUGACAGCACCCAUCUGCAGCCCGCUACCGAAGAUUUUGUUUGUAUGCAGCUUUUCUUGUCAUUUAUUCGUCUUCUCAACGCAUCACAUCCUCUCCAAAGAAGUAAAUGCAGCCGUAACGUUAAACACUGCUCAUCGGGCGACGCUUUGUCAGGUUCAGUGUGUUGGGGAUGUCGGCCAUGUUCAGCCCAGGUGAACUAGAAGGGGAAGUGGAUCAUUCGUUUUUCGACAGUGACUGUGAUGAUCGCACCAGAGAUGAAAAGGAAAAGAUGGAGAAAGGUCUGAAGGCUGAAAAGGAGAGCCCACCAGCACAUGAGAGGCUACUUGCAAAACAGACAGAAAAUACAAAAAAUGAUGGGUCCCUGUGGACUGAUGGGCCACAAAAACAACUGACACCAGACAACAACAGUGGCAGUAGAGCAGAAAGGAAUGAGAAAAGCUCUCAAUCAAAGGAAGAAGAGAGGAGCAGGGUGUCAAGCAAAUCUCUAGUCCGUAUAUCAAAUAAAGUCAUUAAUAAUAGCAGUGAUAGUGACGAGGACUCUAAUUUGCACUCUAAAAGGUCCAAAGGGACCUUCAUGGCUUUGUUGGCUGAGGCCAGAGAAGCAGAUUGUAAGGACGUGUACAGCCAGAGUCCAAAUGAGUCUGAAGAAUCGUUACCUUCCAAACACUCGGACUCAAAAGGGAAAAAUAAACAAUCUCCUAAAAAACUGAUUAGAAAUUGGCGCACCAGAACUCCAUCCCCUACUUCAACCGAGAGCAGCGUAGAUGCAGACUCUGAAAACUCCUACAGCAGCAGCAGCAGCGAUGGGAGAAGCAGUUUAGAUUCCCCCGCACCUCUCAGGCCCAACAAGCCUUCUUUAUCCCCUGGAGAGAGAGGGAGCGGAGUGGGAUCAGCAGGAUCUCAGGGUGUGCCAAUUAGUCAUACAGAGGAGUCAGAGGAUACAGUGACGGAUGUCAGCCCCCUCUCCUCUCCUGACUUGAGCCCUCUACAGUCGCUGGACCUGAACCACACAGAGGCAGAGGAGGGAAGCCUUAAAGAGCAGAAGCAGCAGGAGGAGAGUGUGCCCUCCAGUGGCCUUAGCAGCAUACAUCAAGAUGAGGACUCUGAUCAAGACGGAGAUGAUUGCUCCCUCAGUUUAGAGAGUCAGCUUGGAGGUAAACUGGUCUUACGCUGUGCUGGAGGGAGAAACCGGAAGAAUUACUCCUUCACCAACGAUGAGGUACAGCGGAUAGAUCGUGAAAACCAGCGUCUUCUUCGAGAGCUUUCACGCCAUUCUCCAGGGUCCAGACCAGGAAGUCAAACAAGAAAGAAAACCCAUUUGACCAACAAGUCGCCUCAUAUUCGCCUCUCUCACAGCGCGCUCAACAGGCAGCGGGAACAGCAACGCAUCGAGAGGGAGAACCUGGCAUUCCUAAAGAGGUUGGAGUCUGUUAAGCCUACACCCGGCUUAAAGCGCUCAGAACAACUGCAAGACUACCAGCGACAUGCUGGAUACCUGGGAGGUCCCUCAUACUCCGUCUGUCUGUCCACCACCAAGAAAGAGAGGUGUACCAGCAGGACACCCUCAGCAGGUCCAAGGCCGACCAGUUCUGCCCACCACAGCUCCAGAGCAGCUUCCACCAGCACUGAGUCCGGCAGAACAUCUGUACCCAGGUCAAAAAAAACGGGUGCAGCUCGACCAGCCUGGUGUUGAGAACACUGCCAUUUCCAUAUCUGUUCUUCGAAGAAGCACAACGCUGGUUCCCUUUAGUGUCAUCUGUUGGUAUCCAUUCUUCACAAAAGGUUAUGUUUCAAAGGUACAAAGCUUACAGCAUCUUUCACAUUCAUGGUUUUAGCAUACCUUUAACUUAUCCAGCUAUUCAGUGAUUUGUGUUGUCAUAGUUAUCAAUUAUAAUGAUGGUCCUUUUCCACUUCUUGAUGCUGAAAUAUAGCAAAUGGUGCCCUGAGCUCAGAGCCAUUGUAACGCAUUCCAGUAGUUUAGUUGUGGCUUCUUAAUAAUGCAGUAACUCUUUACUACAGUUAGCUAGUUGUAUUUUUGUAAAUAAUAAUAAUAAUAAUUAAUAAUUUACUUCAAA